UUGCUGGGAUGUUUUAGCAGGAGCCAGCCCUCCUUUGUGUGCAGCCUUCUAGAGACAGCAAAAUAACCCACGGAACAGUGAGUUGUUGUGCACAGCAGAGCUGCAGGCGAGUAGCAUGCUAAUCCUUUGCUUGCUUUGCUAAAUCCCCGGAAUUGCUGAUUUGCAGGGAAGUAAAGUUGCAGGCAAUCUGUUAGUGCGUCUGCCACAUACUGUGUGUGCAAUGCCUGCAGCCUGCUCAGUGCCAGCGCUCGUGUAAAGCAGGAGUUACUCUCCGGCUUUGCCCCUGAGACUAUGGGAAACGGGAUGUGCUCUAGAAGACAGAAGAGGAUCCUGCAGGCGCUCGGCUCCCUGGUUGUGAUCAUUGGCUUCAUCUACGGGGCGCUACUGAACUAUGACCAGCAGAACCAGCUAAAGAGAGCAGACGCAGUGGCUCUCAAGUACCAGCAGCACCAGGAAUCCCUAUCAGCACAGCUACAAGUGGUUUAUGAACACAGAUCAAGACUAGAGAAAUCUUUACAGAAAGAAAGACUUGAACACAAGAAAGCAAAAGAAGAUUUUCUUGUAUAUAAAUUAGAAGCACAGGAGACAUUAAAUAAAGGAAGGCAAGAUUCAAACAACAGGUAUAAUGCUCUGAGUGUACAGCACCAAAUGUUAAAGAGUCAACAUGACGAGCUUCGAAAACAGCACAGCAAUCUACUUGUAGAACAUCAAAAACUAGGAGAAGACUUUUCAAAGACGUCAAAUGAUCACAAAGAGAAGUAUGUGCAUCUGCAACAAGAAAAAGAACAGGAGUUUUCAAAACUUAAAGAACAUAUAUACAACCUGAGAGAAGAGAAUACACAGCUCAGAAAAUCCCAUCAAGAUGUUCAUAUCCAACUUCAGGAUAUCAAGCAACAGCAUAAGAACCUGCUCUCCCAGCAUGAGCAAGUUGUACAGAGCUUGGACAACCACAAGAGUGCACUAGCCGCUGCACAGAGUCAGGUAGAUGAGUUUAAACAGUUGAAAGAAGCUCUAAAUAAAAUGCCAAGUCUUCGACAGCCAGAAAAGAACACAGACACAACUGAGAAAAGAACUGAGCAGCCUAUCAGAAGUUUCCAUGAAGGUCCUUCAGAUCAACAGGCUAUGGGAUAUCAUGGAGAAUCACAGCAGAUGAAUGAUAAAAAGCUGCCUGAAGCAGAACAUGAACUUGCAGAUCCACUGAGAAAAGAGGUUAAGAAUGGGGUUGAAAUUCAACAGACAGAAACUAAGAAGCAGGAUGAUAAAACAGAUCCAGUGCACAAUACAGAGCCCCCCACUGAACAUCCUGUGGAAGUAGAGGAGGAACACAAGAAGGAAUUAGAAGAGGAAGAAAUGGAGCAGGCUGGAAAGCCAGAACGGUUGGUAGAAGAACAAGAUCAAGUUCAAGAAGAACAAGAGCAUGAAAGACAAUCAGAUGACGACCAAAGAAUACACCAAAAAGAGGAAGAGACCAAUCACUUGCAGGAACAUGCUGAGAGUGAUCACACCAGUAAGCCUGAUCAUAAAUAUAAAUCGGCUUACGAGGAGCAGUUGGAACAGCAGCAGCUGGCAGCCCGGCAAGUUGAAGAAGCCAGACACCUUAAAGAGCAGCAGGAAUCAUUACAUCAGCAAAGGCUACAGGACCACUUCCUGCGACAACAGCAACUUCAAGAAAAAGAGCUUGUGCUGCAGAGGCAAAAUAAAUACAAGGAAGAACAACUUGCAGAAGACUUAAGGAGACAAGCACAGUAUGAUAAAAUUGAUCAUGAUAUUGUACAAGGAGAAGAGGAGCAGCAGCUGCCAGAAGAAGGUGGAGAAGGUGGAGCUUAUGAAAGGGACAAUCAUCAAGAUGAAGCAGAAGAGUUAGACCCUGCUAAUAAUGCAAAUGAGGAGCAAGCUAUGGAUCAGCAAGCCGAAAGCAAAGAGCAGGAAGAGAAGAAUGCUGCUGAGUAUAUGAACCCUGCAGAUGAUCCUAAUAAUCAGGGCGAAGACGAAUUUGAAGAAGCUGAACGGGGACGAGAGGAAAACCUGCCAGACGAGAAUGAAGAACAAAGGCAGCAAGCUCAGGGUCACCCAGACUCUGUACAGGAGCAUUUAGUAAUGGCAGAUAACCCUGACCAACAAGAGGAUAAUAUCGAUGAACAGUACCAGGAAGAGGGAGAGGAAGAGGCUCAGGAAGACUUGACAGAAGAAAAGAAAAGGGAACACAAUGCAGAAGAGCCUUAUGGAGAAAAUGAAGAAAAUGUUGUAGAAAAACAUAUUGGUGCAGAAAGGGAGCAAGACGCUCAGCAAGACAAUCACAAAGAAAGAAAUGAAGAUAAUUAUGAAGAGGAAGAAGAAGAGGAAGAAAGGGAAAAUGGUGACAAAAACAAUCGAGCCGAAAUGUAAUUGUCACCUGUACAGAACAUGAAGAACAUUUCCAAGCUGGCCUUUCUCCGUUAGUUUUAUUUUGUACUUUUGUAUUAGAAUGUAUAAGCCACUUAUAUAAAUGCUGUAUUUUGUAUAUGCUUAUUUUAAAAACAAGACUUUAUAAAAUAUACACAAGAUAUAUCAUUUAGAAAAGCCAUCAGAAGCACAUUGGGUAGCUAAAGAGAGAACAUUUUUCUCUUGCACCUGCAAACAUUACAUUUUUGUGUUUUUGUAUAUUUCCGUAUCUGUCCUUUUUCGCAGUAUCAUGACAUAUACUGUAGCUUGGUCAGAGAGGAAAAUCGAAUUUUGCAAGAACUACCCUGUAUUUAUUAUUGAUAACGUCUCACGUUCUAUCUAAAAUAUUUUUUUUUCCACAUAAAGAAGAGGAAUGUGAAAUAGGUACUGCAAAAACACUACACUUUCAAAGCCAGAGAGUGAAGACAGCCGACUGGAUUUAGAACUCUUUUCCUUAUUUAUUCAGUGCAUCUCAAACCAAUGUUUACAUUCCUUAGAUCAUCUUCCAUUUUCCAGUAUUCCAUUCUUAGCUAAACAGCUAUUUUAUUCAAGGUUGACAGUUAUUUAAAGUUUGAUAAAAUUUGAAUAAUUAUGUCUGAAUUAUCAUAUUUUAAUUGUAAAGAAGACAAGAAUUUCAGUUUGGAUUGUAUGAUUUUUUUUCCUUUCUUCUAAUAGGUGUUACCGGAAUGCAUAAUAAUAUGCAAAAGCUAAAUACGUACUCAUCGACAUGCCUUACAGCUGUUACUAUUUUUGUAUGGAAUUCGAUAUACCCUGUUUAAAGGGAUAUGAUACCCAAACAUUUAGCCACCAAUCAGCAAGAGCUACCCAGGUGCUGAACCAACAAUGGGCCAGCUCCUAAGCUUUCAUUCCUGCUUUUCCAAAUAAAGAUACCAAGAGAACGAAGAAAAUUGAUAAUAGGAAUCAAUUAAAAAGUUGCUUAAAAUUGCAUACUCUAUCUGAAAGAAAAAAUGUGGGUUUCAUAUCCCUUUAAGUAGUGAUUUUCCAUUCAUUGCACAGGAACCAUGGUCAGUCUUCUGCCCUUCAGAGUUUCUGAGUACUCUAGACAGCAGCUGAUGGCAUAGUACUCAUCUUUGAUAGGUGACAAAUGUCAGUGCCCGCCUAUAGUUAUGGCCACCAGAGAAUACUGCAUGUGUAGAGCCCUAAGGGCUUGAUUUAUCAAAGCUGAGGCGGACAGGGGCGCAUAUACGCGCCCCUGUCCGCCUCGGCUCGCCUCUGGCGGGCAAAUUUCUGCCCGCGCACAGCCAAUCACGCGUGGGCAGGAGCUGUCAAUCUCUGUCGGACUAGACCACGGAGAUUGAAUUUCGCCACCUUAAAGGUGGCGAAGAGGUUAGGAAAGCAGCGGUCUCACGACUGCUGCUUGUUAAAUAAGGCGAGCAGGUUCAUGUGAGAACUUGCAGCCGUAUGGGCUUUGAUAAAUCGAGCCCUUAGUGGCUAUGUAAAUAAGAGACAUCACUUUCUCCUUCAAUGAAAGAGACACUUCACAGAGAAGAAAUUUAGGAAAUGUCUUUCUUGUUUUUAUCCUGCCGAUAAUGUACUAUCUGAUCUUCAAACAAUGGUUUUCAAGUAAAACCAGCUUCAUGAAGGGCAUUAUUGUUUUUGUAGAUAAAAUUACCUCUACCUGUUGGAAUUCUCGUUUGGUGCAUUUGUCAUGUGUGUUCUACAUGUUUAGGUCUGCUUACAAUUAAAGGAGGAGGCAUUUUACAACAGUUUUCCCUCAGGCUAAAUGUCUUCCACCAGUUGCAGGUUGUGUUUUAUUUAUUUUACAUAUAUAUAUAUAUAUAUAUAUAUAUAUAUAUAUAUAUAUAUAUAUAUAUAUAUUUUUUUUUUUUUUAAAAAAGGAGGCUCAGAAUUUAAAUUAAGUAUGACCCCUAAAUUUCUGCUUAAGAAAACUAGUUUGUAAAAGUGAAAUAGAUGUUUUAUUCUAUAUAAAUAUUCUUUACACUGAGUCAUUUUUUAAAAGUCAAGGAUAGCAACGGUUUGCUGAUGCUAAAAUGACAUGGUAAAUGUAAAGGAAAAACAGUUUAACACUAUUUUUUGUUUGUUUUUGUAUUUUUUUUUGUCAAUGGGUUUAUCCCUGAUUGUACAAAUAUAUGUUUAUCUUUGGCUUUUUACCUUUGAUGGACAAAUGCCUUUUAAACCAUUAUGGGGGUCGGUCACAAUCCUUUUAAUGCCUUUAAACACCAUUAAGGUCUAUAGGGAUUUUUGUCGAUCAAUCAGUUGAUAUGUUGUGAUUGUCUCCUAUAUAUAAAAAUGCCUUAUAUAAAAAGUUACAAUAUAAACCUCUGUUGUAGGAUACAGUUUCCAAUAGCUAGAAGUCCAAAAAGCAAUGCCAUACUUUUAUAAUAAACUGCAAACACAUCAUAAAAUGUAUAUUCUUUAGUAUGCUUGACAAAAGGAUGAGCCUUUGGAAAACCAUAUAAUAAUAAUCUUAAACUGCUCAUGGGGUUAAUCAGAUCUGAUUUCCCUACAUUUUCACAAACAGGAUGUGAAUAUUAUUGUUUCACAUACUGACAUAUAAUUGGUUCAGCAUGAUCUUGGUUCGGCAUGAUUUUCGGCGCCAGUGUUAUGGUACAACACACAAUACUCUGUGCAAAUGUCAUCUAGUUUUGUUAUAAUUAAUUAAAGGGACACAAACCCCUUUUUUUUCUUCAUGAUUCAGUUAGAACAUACAAUUUUAAAUACCUUUCCAAUGUACUUCUUUUAUGAAACUAGCUUCAUUCUUUUGGUAUCCUUUGUGGAAGGAGCAGCAAUGAACUUAUCUAAGCUAGUUGAGUGAGACAAUGACAAGAGGCAUAUAUGUGCAGCCACAAAUCACUAACUAGCACCCAGUAGUCCAUUGCUGCUUCUGAGCCUAUCUAGGUAUGCUAAUCCACAAAGACUUUUUGAGAGAAUGAAGCCAACUAGAAAGUAAAUUGGAAAGUUAUUUAAAAUGGUAUGCUGUAUCUAAAUCACAAAAGAAUAUUUUUGGGUUGAACGUCCCUUUAAUAAUUUGGAAGCACAGUAUUUGACUUAACUAGACACCUUAAGGACACCUCUGUAUUCUUCCCUGUUAAAGGCAUGAUUAGCAUCCUAGCCCUAUAUGACUUUUACAAAGGGUGGUGCAUUUUUAUGCUGUGAAAUUGCCUGUUGGUUUAAUAAUUUAUUGGGCUGCAAACUAAUCAGACAAAAAUAUAUCCCAUCCUUUCACCACAGAAUCUUUUUAAUCUUGGUUUCUUGAUUACAUGCAUUCAUCUUGAUUAAAAAGUAAUUAAAGGAUGUAAUCACAGUGCUUCCUAAGCAACUGCAACCCAGAUGUCAUAAUGCAAGUACAGUUAUAGAUACAAAUUACACAAUUUAAAAAGUUGAUGGUAAUUAUAAAAUAAUCACCUUUACUUCAGACGUUGUUUACUGAAGGAGAGUACGGCAGGCUCUGUGAAGCUAGAACUGGUGUAUUUAUGGGCAAUUGUCUUCAGGUCACAAAGCACAAUUUUGCAAGGACUUUUCAGCUAAAUUUAGUGUAAUAAUUGCACAGUGUGUAUUUACUAAAAUACUUAAAAGGUUAUAGUCUAAAAUUUCAAUUCUGUGCAUAAAUACAAAAAUGCCCUUAUUGUUAUUAAAGUUUGACUAAAUCUGAAGGUUGACAGGUGACAUACACAUUCAAUUGUAUAUCUAGUUAGAAUUUAAAAAUACUAAUUAUGUCCCUUUUAAAAAGUUUCUGGGCACAGCCUGCCAUUGUCAUUGGAUUCAUUGGAAGAUGUUUCAAUACGUAUUAUUACAUAUUAACAAAUUUUAGAGUAGUUAAGUACAGAAAUCUGGUUGUAUAUCAUGUUUUUUAUUUAAAAUUGAUGAAUCUUUCAACACCAUGUACUCAUACUGUUACCAUAUAUGCUGAAAUGGAAGAUGAAAUUUAGUUAUUUUGCCAUUUGUUUUUAGAGCACCUGCAGCAAUGUGGAAUGAGAUUUAUUUAAACAAAAAAAAUGUUUGGUUCCUACUUCAUGAAACGUCAUUACAAGGGCUUGUUACUUACCUGGUUUAAUAUAUCAAGCACGGGUUUAAUGUGUUGGUAGUAUAUAUUUUCUGGAAUAGAUAAAUACACAUCUAAAUUCAGAUAGGUAAAAUAUUGUAUCUUAAUUUUCUUCUUAAACGGGGAGACUCCACAGCUGCAUUCAUUACUUUUGGGAAUUCAGAUCCUGCCCACCAGGAGGAGGCAAAGACUCCCUAGCCAAAGGCUUAAAUACCUCCCCCACUUCCCUCAUCCCCCAGUCAUUCUUUGCCUUUUCGUCACAGGAGGUUGGCAGAGAAGUGUCGGAAGAUUAAAGAUAGUCUCUUAUGGAGGGUAGUAUUCUUCGGAAUGGGACUGGAGUUUUAAGUAGUCCUGUCAGCCUCUCAGUGAGAGCAUGGAUGAAUGUUAAGAGUCCGGAGACGCAGGGAGAGUCUUUCUGCGAAACCAUCCCGACUCAUAUUAACAGCUCCUUAGCAAUCAGCGUUGACGAGUUUUGCUGCCUGCUUUGUUUCGCUCAAGUCCAUGUCAGAAGUGAAGCUACUACAGGUCACACUUGAAGGGCCGUGUUCCUGUUCCACGGCGUAGAUUCUGGUAAGAUCGUUUCAUUUUACUUAAGAUGAUGUGAAGUGUAAAGUAAAUGAAGAAGUCAGGGUCUCAGUGGGACUCCUUUAUCUUAUGGAAUCGAGGGUUAAUAUCUCCUGGGGGGUUAUUAAACAGGGGGGACUUUAAUCAUGUUUGUUAUGUGAUUCUGUCUGCAAAUAUGUAAUGUUAUUUGGGCUUGUGGCUAUAUCGGAACAUAACAGCCUUUUUUGUCAAGCUUUGCAGCCCUUGUGGCUUUGGCACAUAUUUAGUUCGCCUACGCGGUGUACCUUGUGACCGGGCAUGGUCACGUUUUCUAGUCACCAUUUCCAUAUUCCUGACCAUGUGGCGAUGGAGAGAGUCUGUUUCACUAGUUGUCUGGGUCAUAGGAGGGGGUGAGUGCCCCAGCCAUUGGAGGUGUAAGGUGCCAUUUUAUUUUUUCUUUCCUAUCCAUAAUUUCUAUCCUAGUUAUGGAAGACUCUGAUUUUUUGGAGACAGAUGUCUCUGAUUCAGAUUCUACUUCUUGCGAAGAGUAUGAAAUGGCCCGGGUAAUCCAUUCCCAUCAGUUAUGUUCUGCAUGCCGCUAUUCGAGUGCUCUUUUCUCCUGAUCCAGGGAACUUAGAGUCCGCCGAGCCAUCUGCCCCUGGGGGUCCCAUAUGCCGUGUGGCGAGUACCCUAUUACUUUCUUUGACUUAGCAAGCAGGUGUCCCUAAUGCCAUUACCCCUUCUCCAGACGGCGGCUUGUUUCCUCCAGAGGCUACACGACGGUUCCGCAUGGCCAUUUCUUUGGCAUUGGCGCACUUACAUUUUCCAGGGAGGGAAAUGUUACUAAGAUUCUGUCUGUGUUCGGUGAACCAGGGCUCAUCAGGCGAGGGAUCGUCUGGGUCAGAUCAGCCCUCUGGGGAAGCGGUUGCCUCUGAGGCUUCAGGGGCCCAAUCCUUGGGGUCGGGGUCGUCAGUUCCCCGGCAGAAGUAAGUCUUGCUUUUCAUUAUAGACUGGCAUGCCUUCGUGUCCUGUUGCAGAAUGUUUUGGCAGUGCUUGAGGAUCCCAGCCCUGAGGGGUUGAGGGGUCCUCGGUCUUACGCUCCGGACGGCAAUCUGGGUUAGACGUGCAGGGAUGAAGUUAAUCUCCUUGUUGUCUACCGAUUUAUCUUUUUUUUUUAGGGUAUCUUAUUCCAGUUCUGAGCUUCGGGAGAAUGGGAUCUCUGUCAAUGUAACCAUUUUUCUUGGGCGUUCACCGGUGAGUGCUGCCCUCUUUUUCGUUGAUCCGGUUAGGAUGGUUUUUUUGGGGGGGGGUAAGCUCAUGUUUGUUAUACUUUCUCCGUUGGGAAACAUUUCUCUCUGGAAUUCGAUACUAGCGAUUUUGUGGUCGCUUGGACACUUCUGCGGAAGUUGUAUGUUCAGAUAUUUUUUGCAUAGUCUUAAGUUUUAUCGAUCCCUUCUAGUGUUUCAAAAUUUAUGUGACCUGAUUCAGUUACGGAAUGCCCUCUGUAGCAGGCUGGUCCUGGUUGGGAGCUGGUUUCUGUUCCUUAAGACUCUAUACUAUCCACGUGGUGCUGGGAUAUCUGGUUUACCUGGUUGGGCGGUGAGUUUUCUCUCAGACGAGAGGUUUAUUAUGCUGGGUUUCUUCUUUAGCACAAUAUAUAUCCUGGAACUUCAUGAGAGUAUUUUUUUCUUUUAAGACUCUACCCUUGAUGGAGCUAAGAGAGAGGAGGCCUUUUCAUUUAUGACAUCAGGCUGGUUCUCGUUGCUUUUUUUGGGCAUCAAGGGGUUUGUCCAAUUCCUCUUGGUCCUGUUCCUGUUUGUGGGGCCUGGACAGUUCCUGCUAUGAAGCACUCCAAAGGUCUUUGACCUCGGAGCUAGUUGGGGGAUGGUUGGUUAGUCAUCAGUUUUAGAGAAUCGGGCACUUUUGUCCGCAUUUCUUCCUCAUUCGACUUCUUGUCUGCUCCCAUGUUUUUAAGGGAUUAUAGAGAAUGCGUUGAUCUCUUUGGUGGUCCUGGUGCUACCUUUUCUUACAUCAUAUCAGUUGAUAUGUUGGUUUUGGGAUAUCGAUGUUCGUCAUCCUGUUGCCCCUUGGUCCUGGGGGUUACCGGGAGGUGGACCCAGAUUGAUCUAUUUUGGCAGCCUCUGUUGCAGAGGUGUGUUUUUUAUUGACAGCUUCAUAGCUGUCGGUCUGGAGGGUAUUGUCCCUUGAAUUAUGGAAAAGUAGUUUUUCUGUCUCUAGGAUGAACGUCCAGUACCCUAGGGUCACCUCUGGAUGGGAGGUGCUUGCAUCUUCUAGGGUUCUCUGUAUGAGGUAUUCCUAUGGUUCCUCAGGGGUUACUAGUCUGUGACUGGCUCCGUUUUCCAGGUGCCCAUUUGUUUGGUCAUGGCUAGGAUAUCUGGUCGGACCUCCUAGUUGGAUCCAGAGUGAUUCAGCCCUUAAGGUUGAGUCAAGCGGGAGAUUGAUCUCUUAUUCAGCCAUUCCACUUUAUAGGUGGGCUCGCUGGCUGUUUGUUUGGCUCCUGGAACCGCUGUUGCAUCAGAGGGUGCCUUUUCAGUUGGUUCUGUUUUUUGCCAUCUGUUCGAUGACAUAUGCUCCAUACCUGUGAGUGGGUGAGCAGGUGUCUUUCAUUUCCCUCACCUUGGGGGGGAGCGGGUUAUACCAUGGUGUCCGUCUAAUGCUCGGAGGAGGGUCCCUCGACCUUGUGGUACAGUCAUGUUGAGAUGGAUUCUGAUAUUGUGCUCACACUGUGGUGUCAGUGUGUGGUCUCCCCUUAUCUGGGAGUUCACCUUCCUGUAGGGAAGGAAUCGGUCUGGGUUCUGUAACCCAGGAUCGUACUACGUUCUGUUCCGGCUUUGUGGUUUAGCAUGCCAAACUUGUUACAUAUGGUCAGGGUUUGCCUACCCUUUGUUACUGUUUAGUCCUCUUUUGAGUUCUGGGUAGUACGGGGAUUUAUUUAUUUGCUUAUCUUUGGACAUGCCAGGCGUUUUAGGUGCUGGGCCUUUGUCUCGAGGAAGUAGACCAUGUAACCUAACGGUGAGUUUUUGGGGCUUUGCAACUUGAGUUGGUUGUUAGAAUCCAGCUGUGGGCUGGUUUUACUUUUUUCGACCUAAGGCCCUUGGAUCAAUUGAGUCGUUGACCGUGUUCUUCUCCAGAUUUUGUGAUCUCUCUUGAAGGGAGAUUAUAGGAGUUUUUACUCAGCUUCCCUAUUUUAGUAGGGGAGCAAGUUCCUGCACUUCCGGAGGGUUCUGGGAGUCUCCUGGGGCAGUUUCUAACUUUAUAGGCUAGUGUUCGUGACUGAUGUCUACUAGUCUUGUGCGGCAGAGUGGGACCCGGGAGCUUCAUCUGCAGCACGAUAAGUGCUUAUACUGUUAAUUGUUGGCAGUUUUGGGGAAUAUCUGCUUAUUCCGCGAUAGCUCUUCAUGAGUGCAGACUGCACUCUGUGUGAGUUUUGGGUUUUGCUCCGUCUUCGGGGUUGUCUUUGGUUCGAAUAUUGGUCCUUUGGACUGUCUCCAGAUUGGGGUAGGUUUUUUUUCUCUAUCUUAAUUCUGGUAGGUUGUUGGAGUUUUCUCUAUUCAUUUUUCUUUGUCUUGCUGCAACCUGCGGUUGCGCUCGAUUUUGCUGGGGUCGUUUUUUUACCCUAGUUGCUGAGAUUUUAGAUCUCUUAUUGAAUAUUUCUUUUUCCUUUUCCCUUCUGGAAAUAUGUGGAAUCGGUACGGCCUUGGAACCGGCGGGACUUAUCUCUUUGGGGGCUUUGUGCUCGGUGGAAUCUAGUACUUUUAAUCGGUCUCUAUCUGGGCUUUGCUAGAUAACUGUUGGGCAGUUACUUAGUCCUUUCAGUCCUUUUUGUUCUGCUCGGUACAGCAGUUGUUAAUUGGCUUGGGUAAUUUCAGGCUGUGGUGCCCUUCGAAUGGUCCACCUUGUCUACCUGCCCUUUUUUGCAUGUCCUCUAUAGCUUGAGUAUUGUUUUUCCAAAAGUAAAUGAAUGCCGCUGUGGACUCUCCCUGUUUAAGAAGAAAAGCUUAAAUUAUGCUUACCUGAUAAUUUUCUUCUGACGGGAAGAGUCCACAGCUCCCUUCCCAUGUAUUUUUAUGGGGGCAGCCAUGUUUGUCUUUUUCUUCUGGUGAGGGAAGUUGGGGAGGUAUUUAAGCCUUUGGCUGCGGUGUCUUUGCCUCCUCCUGGUGGCCAGGUUCUGAAUUCCCAAAAGUAAUGAAUGCAGCUGUGGACUCUCCCCGUUAGAAGAAAAGAAAAUUAUCAGGUAAGCAUAAUUUAAGUUUUUUUGUUGUUGCAUAUAUAAUUUUUUUGGAUUCUAUGCAAAUGCUCAGUUAAAAAACCUCCAUCAAAAACAGAGUAGAGGUUAGUGAAUUGAAAUACAAUUCAAAGUCACUGUUUUAUCUGUCCUUGAUUUAUUGUUAUGUGAAAUUAAGGAUAUGAGAAGAUUUUUUUAAUUGUAAACCAAGCAAAUGUUGUCAGAAUCAAAAUGAGUUGAAUAUUUAAAUGCCUUAAUUAAAACAAUAUCCAGUUUGUAGAUUUUAAUGUUAUACUGUCUAUUGGGUCUACACAAGCCUUACUGAUCAACUGCUGCAUUUUAAUACGGUUAUUCACAAUAUGACAAUGUUCAUGUGAUUUAACAGGUUAUUUAAUAAUCAAUUAAAAUGCUCUUUUUAUACAAUUGCAUUUGCUCUGUUGAAAAAUUUUGCUUUGCUUUUGUUUUUUUGUUUUUUUAAACCCGUUGAGGUAAAGAGUGUUACAAAUAGGGACCAGGCUUAAAUACAGGUCUUUACAUUGGAAUUGUGUUUAAUAUCUAUUUUAUGCAACUUUAUACUAUUGUAUGAAUGUAAAAUAAUUAAUCACUUUCUUCUAUUUUUGGAUUUUAUUAUGAUUUAAAUUUUUUCAAACUGAUUUUAGGUGCUAAAUAGGAACAUUUUUUGCAACUAUUUUGAUGCCAAUUUUCUGUAAAAAUUAUAAAGUUGUGUAGUUUUAAUUCCUGUAAAAUGUAUAAUAUGUACAUAAAUAUUUCAGAGUUCAAAAUAUUUUGAUAUUUUAGUUUGUAUUUCCAUUGACAAUUCAGCUAUUUAAUGAAAGAUCUUUGCAACGCAAACUCAUUUUUAGCAAUAAAGUUUAAAUCAGAGUA